UUUGCAGGUAACUCCAGCAUUUAUAUUUGUCAUCAUUCUGGAACAAUUCAUUCGUCUUGUCCAAGGAAAGAAGAUUAUGCGUUUGAAUGAUUCUGUAACUAACAUAAGCCAAGGGAUAUUAGUUGAAUUAUUUAAGAUUCCACUUUUCGGAACUGAGUUAAUCAUGUAUACUUAUAUAUAUAAUAACUGGAGAAUCUAUGCUUUGCCUUGGGAUUCCGUUUGGACUUGGAUUUUAUGCAUGAUAGUGACUGAUUUUUGUUUCUAUUGGAUGCAUAGAGCUACUCAUCAGGUGAGUAUUCUAUGGGUAUUUCAUGAACCUCAUCACAGUUCAGAGGAAUUCAACUUGACUGUACCUUUACGUCUAAGUGUAUUCACGAGUGCCGCAUUAUGGCUGACAUACGUUCCGAUGGCCUUCUUCAUUCCACCUUCUAUUUAUCUCGUACAUUAUCAGAUGAAUAUCAUAUUUCAGUACUGGCUUCAUACAGAACUGAUUAUCUCUUUAGGAGUUAUUGAAUAUGUCUUUGUCACUCCUAGCCAUCACAGAGUACAUCAUGGACGAAAUCGCCGUUGUAUUGACAAAAACUUUGGCAGUCUAUUUAUUUUAUGGGAUCGAAUAUUUGGAACAUUUGAACCAGAAGGGAACAAAGCAAUUUCUUAUGGAGUGACGCAGCCUAUCCAGACUUUUAACCCAAUUUCUAUUCAGACAAAUCAUUUACAAACCAUAUGGAAGCGUCUUCAUGUGGUCGAUGGAUUCUUCAACAAAUUAUGCGUUAUUUUUAAAGGCCCAGGAUGGAGCCCAGGAAAGCCAUGGUUAGGAUAUUUGGAAGAUAUUCCAGAGCCCAAAGAUGCAGAAGCAAAGUAUGAUCCAUCAUUGCCAAAUUGGUUGCAGUUAUAUGUAUUGCUACAUGGCUCAGCAAUGGUAACAGCAUAUUUACUGAUGAUUCUAAACCUUUCUAUAAUAUCUACAUAUGUUGUCAUCAUAAGUGGUUGUUCCAUUGCUUUUACUACCGUAGCUCUCGGUUGCUUAUUGGAUCUCAGUGUUUGGGGACCAAUCAUUGAGCUUCUCCGAUGUCCUCUCUACUUCUUGGCAGAAACGAUGAUUCGUAAAGAGUUUCCAAGCACGUUUUACUUGCUACAUGCGUCUAUGUAUGGAUUUAGAAUUUUGUUCUUCAUAUCAUUUGUGUUUUGGAUUUUUGCCUUACCAUUCGUCACUAACAUUAACUGGAAAAAAGCAAUGAAAGGUUGAAACUAGCUUCUUCAUUACGCUGAAAUAAAACUGGUCGCGUUUCCAAUUGUUUCAUUUGACUGCUGUCAUUUUAGAUUUUACUACAAAUUAUUAGCGUUCCGUAUUUUCUCGCUUACUGUGUUCAUUAAAUACCGUAUUGCUAGCUUAUCAUCAUCAAUUACUACUUCUACUUCAAUAAUUGUAACCUUUCAAACUUACAAAGAGAAAAUUAUGCGAUGUAUAUUGUUUCUGAGAGGAGAAGGUUUUAAUUACAUUAAAACAUACAUACGAGUAUAUGUACUGAUGUUACUGCAUUCCAUAUUUACAAAAUAGUUGUUGCUUUCAGUACUACUCUUUUUUCCAGCAUUUCUGUCAAUUUAUACUUCUCACGCUGCUACUAUAAAUCAUUAGUUUCUAAAUCACAUGCUGGAAAAGGUUGGAGAAUAAGUAUGCAAGUAAAUAUGAUAAUUUAAUAUUGUGCUUGGAUUAAGCAUAAUUUUUAUCUUUAAAUUAACCAAGAAAAAAUACAGUUACUCAAGCACUAAAACGUUUGAAGGAUGAAAGGCAGAGAGUUCACCUUAAUACAUGAAGAAACACAUGUUUAUUUUGAAAAGUCUUUCAGAAUGUCUCAUUUCUUCUUGUUUUAUUAAAUACUGAAAUAAAACAUUUGGUUAAGAUACGGUUUUGUAUUAUUUCAACAAAUUAAAAAUUGUCUAGAUUGCGAAAUAAAAGAAAUGCUUCUGAAAUUGCUUCUUGCUCAAUUUUUAGUGUACAUCAUAAAAAGAAAUUCUGAAGAUAGGGGAUUUCUUUCAUCUACUGAUUUUUUAGCACACUUGCAUUAGGAUUUGUACUUCAUGGAGGAACAUAUUUAAUAAAACCACAAACGCAACUGAAAAAGUAUACAUACAACUCAUUUGAAGAAACAUUAUAAUAAAACGGUUAAAACCUUUAUUUUCUCAUAAAUAUUUAAAAAAACAUUUAGCAUUUUUCAUUUUGUUUAAAUCAAAUCCUUAAAUUUUUCAGAAACUAUUUUAUAGCAUUUUAUUUAAAUAAAUUUUAAUUACAGGUAUCCAUCCUUCUUAUAACACGAUUUCGCUCUUACGCGAUAAGAAAUACGAUAAAAAACCUUGUAUAGCGAGGCAGUACGGUUUCAUUUUAGCACUCAAAUAAAUAUGCAAUUUACAAUAUGAAGUUUCCUACUAUGCCAUCGUGUGUAAUAACAACCUAUUGAUUUAUACAGACAAAAAUAAAAAAAAUUCUGCAAAUA